UUAAGUUGCUUGCUGUGUCGUGUGCCGCCUCCACUUGCUCAGCUGCCAUCCACGCAGUUGUAGUCAUGCGGUGCUGUUCUGCGUGUAAACUUUCUUCCUUUUGAACUAGUUCACGCACUGCCCGUCUGUCAUGGAGUACUGGAGGCAGUGCGCCGCGUGGCUCAUCGGCUGCAAGGUUCUGCCAGUCAACCAUCGCGUCACCGCGGACACCGCGCAGGUGUUCGACCUGGCGCAGACGCUGCGUGACGGCGUGCUGCUCUGCCAGCUGCUCAACAACUUGAAGGCGCACAGCAUCGACUUGAAGCAGAUCAACCUCAGGCCGCAGAUGUCCCAGUUUCUGUGCUUGAAGAACAUUCGCACCUUCCUGAUGUGCUGCUGCGACGUGUUCGGCAUGAAGAAAAGCGACCUCUUCGACGCCUUCGACCUGUUUGACGUGCGCGAUUUUGGAAAGGUAAUGGACACUUUAUCCAAGCUCUCAUACACAGCAAUUGCCCAGCAAGGAGGAUUCAAGCCUUUCCACACAGAGGAGAGUCUAAAGGACGAAGACAUUUACAAUCACCUGGAAGACCUGAUUGAUGAAAAUGCCAUGGAAGGUGAGGAGGAUUUGUACGUGGCAGUUUACAGCCUGGAAGAAGACUAUUCAGGAGGAGAGAUUUAUGAAGACCUCAUGAGGACCGAGCAGCAGAAGCAGGUCGAGAUGUCAGACGUUCGCAGCUGCUGCCUCUCCGAGAUCAAGCAGACGGAGGAGAAGUACACCGAGACGCUGGAAUCCAUCGAAAAGUAUUUCCUCAACCCGCUCAAGAAGUUUUUCUCCGUGGCCGAAAUCGACCAAGUGUUUGUAAAUAUCCCUGACAUGGUGAAGGUUCACAAGAGCCUGAUGGCUGACGUUCAGGAUUCCAUCGUCAACAAGAACGCAUUGAAUCUCUACCGGAUCUUCAUCAGCUACAAAGAGAGACUUCUCAUCUAUGGCGUCUACUGCAGCCGCGUGGAGAUCGCCAUUGCUGUGCUUGACCUCAUCUGCAAGGAGAAAGAGGAUGUGCGGCUCAAGCUGGAGGAGUGUUCGAAAAGGGCCAACAAUGGCAAGUUCACCCUGAGGGACCUGCUGGUGGUCCCCAUGCAGAGGGUCCUCAAGUACCACCUCUUGCUACAGGAGCUUCUCAAGCACACUCACGAUGCCACAGACAAGAGCAACCUGAAGGUGGCGCUGGAUGCCAUGAAAGACUUGGCUCAAUUUGUCAAUGAGGUCAAGAGAGACAACGAGACUCUACGGGAGAUGGACCAGUACCAGCGCUCCAUCGAGAACCUGAACCAGCCUCUAAUCCGCUAUGGUCGCCCGAGAGGAGAUGGAGAAGUGCGCAUGGUGUCCAACUUUGACCGGAGGAAACUGGACAGACACCUCUUCCUGUUCGACGUGGCCGCUGUGGUGUGCAAACGACGCGGCGACAACUACGAGAUGAAGGACGUGCUUGACCUCAAUGUCUUCAAGAUCACCGACAACCCCAUGUCGGACAAGGAGGGCAAGAAGUGGUGUUACGGCUUCUACGUGACGCACCAGCAGGGCCACACAGGCUUUGAGCUCUUCUUCAAAACCAGGGAGCUGAAGAAGAAAUGGCUGGAUCAGUUUGAAAUGGCUGUCUCUAACAUCCGACCGGCCUUGGCCAACCAUAACGGUCACCACUUCAAAAUGCACACCUUUGACCGAAUCUCUUCAUGCAGCUUCUGUCACCUGCUUCUCAGGGGCAUCUUCAACCAAGGCUACGUUUGUUUAAAAUGUACAUUGCCUGUCCACAAGGAGUGUCUGGGUCAGCUGGGAUUCUGCAGGAGGACAGAGUCAUCCAAGAAGCGCUCCAAGGUCACACCGAUGUCAUCGCUUAUCUCCACUCAGGAAGGCACAACACCUCCAGACUCAGGUCUCCCCAGGAUGCUGGUGAUCCAAGACUAUGACGGCGUCCCCUCCCCACCAGGCGGCCCCCCGUUGUGCGCCCGCACGGGCGAUGUGAUCGAGCUGAUGUUCGCCGACCUGCACAGCUCUUGGUGGCAGGGCAGAAUCCCGGCGAGCGGCAAGAUUGGCUUCUUUCCCAGCGACGCCGUGAGGCCUUGCCCCUGCCUACCCAAGCCUGUCGAUUACUCGGCGCACCUCUGGUUCGCCGGGCCUAUGGAGAGGUGCCAGGCCGAGGAGGAGCUCCAGGACCGAGGGAACAGCACUUAUCUGCUUCGGCAUCGGAGUAAAGAAUGCACAGAGUACGCCAUUAGUAUAAAGUUCAACGACAGAGUCAAGCACAUUAAGAUUCUGACCAAGGACGGCUGCUUUUACAUCGCAGAGAGUCGACUCUUCAAAACGCUGCUGGAUUUGGUGGAGUACUACAAGCAGCACUCCUUAAAAGAAGGCUUCAGCAGCCUCGACACCAAUCUGCGCAUCCCUUACCGGGAAUGCUCCGACGGAAGCUCGUCUUGGGCCAUUAGCAAGACUGGCAGCGUUACUCCUGGUGGUUGCAGCUUUGUUCCUCCCUCCUCCUCUCCUUUCUGGUCAGUGUUUUCUCCCAGAGUGUUAGCCGUGGCCGUGGCUCGCUACGACUUCAGCUCCAGAGACGCGUGGGAGUUGUCUCUGCUGCGGGGGGACGUGGUCAACAUCUACACCAAGACAUCCAGCGGCUGGUGGAAGGGGGAGGCGGCUGGAAAGGUGGGCUGGUUUCCGUCCACUUACGUAGAAGAAGACUGAUUCAGCCGGAUGUCUCUGAUGUCACUGGGAGAAACUCAACAGACUAUGCCCUUGACCCCCCCCCCCCCCCCCCCGGCCCCUCCCUGACAGGACUUUUAUGCAGAGCACAUGUCAAAUCACAAAUACGUAUCUACCCAUCGUCCAUCCAUUUCCUUCCCUGACUCACCUCGUCUAAUUAUUGAUGACUUGGUGGGCUCGUGUGAAAAUUCUGUCGGCUGUCGUCAGGUUGCGUUAGCGUGGAAGGCUCAGUCAGCCGACUGGAAGAGGGCAGGCUAAUGCUGGAACUCUCUUGUGUUCACAUCAGGUAAAUAAACUGUUUAAUUGAUUCAGUAAUCAUUUUAGAUGUGCGUCUUCUCAUUUUGGUCACUGCUUCCGCCAAACCAAGGGCUGUGCACCAAGCUGUGUCUGCAGAAAUAGCCAAACGUGGUUGAACAGCAAACAUGGCAUGAGAUCUGAGGACAUUUGUCAAUGCCGAGGUAGCCAGUCGUCAUUCAUUUGAAAAAGACGAGUGUGUUUACUGUGUGGUGGAUUUUGUUCUUUGACGUUCAGGUCUUCAUUUGAGCCGCGAUUGAGGGGGGUUUGUUUGGGCACUUUGGUGGCAAUGCCAAGAAGGAUUUCGUAUGCUUUAAAUCUUUAUGGUUCUGCAAGGAAUGAUUCACGCCUGUUUACGAGACAGCACAAGUGUUGAGCAACACAACACGCGCGCGGCAAGUGACUUUCAUCAAUUAUUGAGCAGAUCCUUGAAUAUAUUUUCUUUUGGAAAUGUCUGAUUGGAGAUGCGGGUACCAUCCGAGAAUCUCCAAGUGACCGCAUGUCCUUUUUUCCCAGGAUGCGUCCAGUUUUUCUAGAUCAGACAAACCGGUUGGAUAUUAUAUUUUCUCAAAAAUUGUGAUAUUCAAUUAAAAAUGCACAUAUAAAGGAAAUAAUUUGUGGAUGUGAGAAUUUCAAAUGUAUUACUCUCGGUGAUGCUAAGUAGCACCAAUAAUUGAAAUUAAUAUUAACCAUUUGGAAACUUGCCAUAAUUGAUCAAUAAAUCAUGUUUGUCUUAUCCACA